AAGGAAAAUUAAAGAGAUGAAUACAAAGAAUUGUUUUUAAGGAACAAAAAAGUGUGUGUAAUGUUUAUGACCAAAAUAUCCUCUAGGUUAGACAAACUCUCUAUAAUAUUGGUCAACAAAUACAUGCGUGUGCGUCUAUAUAUAACAUAGAUGCAGAGAAUAGACAUCUUUGCUGGUUCUUUGGCUUGUACCCAAACCCAUCUUUGACUUCAAAAAUAAAAUAAAAAUAAUCAUAAUUGACAUCAUCGGAUAAUGCAUAGCGGGAAGAGACCUCUAUCACCAGAAUCAAUGGCCGGAAAUAGAGAAGAGAAAAAAGAGUUGUGUUGUUGCUCAACUUUGUCGGAAUCUGAUGUGUCUGAUUUUGUCUCUGAACUCACUGGUCAACCCAUCCCAUCAUCCAUUGAUGAUCAAUCUUCGUCGCUUACUCUUCAAGAAAAAAGUAACUCGAGGCAACGAAACUACAGAGGCGUGAGGCAAAGACCGUGGGGAAAAUGGGCGGCUGAGAUUCGUGACCCGAACAAGGCAGCUCGUGUGUGGCUUGGGACGUUCGACACUGCAGAAGAAGCCGCCUUAGCGUAUGAUAAAGCUGCAUUUGAGUUUAGAGGUCACAAGGCCAAGCUUAACUUCCCCGAGCAUAUUCGUGUCAACCCUACUCAACUCUAUCCAUCGCCCGCUACUUCCCAUGAUCGCAUUAUCGUGACACCACCUAGUCCACCUCCACCAAUUGCUCCUGACAUACUUCUUGAUCAAUAUGGCCACUUUCAAUCUCGAAGUAGUGAUUCCAGUGCCAACUUGUCCAUGAAUAUGCUGUCUUCUUCGUCUUCAUCUUUGAAUCAUCAAGGGCUAAGACCAAAUUUGGAGGAUGGUGAAAACGUGAAGAACAUUAGUAUCCACAAACGACGAAAAUAACAUGUUAAUGGCAUAAAUAUCUCUUCGUCCAAGUUAUCAAACGCAUUGACCUCCGGCUUUGAUCAUUUUAGGCGCUUAAUCUCUUUACGACUUCAUUUUGGUAGUCUUUAAAGAGUCUAUGGAGUGGAUUUAGCUAGGAAUCAGGCCUUAUGGAUGAAAAAUAUAUAAAUUUUGAACAUGACUAUGCAAGAAUGGGAUGAAGACUACUUAGCUUGGAAAACGUCCUGAUAGGUCAUGACGACUAUAUCCACAGAAGAUGACCGACGGAGACAACAACAUGCCUCACCUGAUCGACCGAUCAAAUGAGAUAAUGUGUUGACCGGACCGGUCGGAUCAGGUUGGGUCGAGUAUAUCAGGUAGAAAAAAGCUCGUACAUGGUGCUUUAUGUCUUUCCACUCCGAAGUAGCUUGCUAGUUUAUCCUUUUGUAUCACGUACGAAAGAGAUAAAAAAAAAAGUUCAAAAACAAAUAUAGAGGGUAUACACAUGAUGAGGGUGUUCGAGUUUCCAAAACAUAAGCUAAAUUUUUUUAAAUAUGUACUUACAUUUAUAUCUGUCUUAUUAUCCAAUGCUCAUAUAUUUUUCAACGCGUUGAAUGAUGAAAUGGUUGGUAAAUAAAAAUGAAACUAAACUAGGUAACAGUCUGCAUAUGAAACGAUUAAAAAACGAUUCAAGUAAAAUUAUUAUAAAUAAAUUAUUAUAUAGGAUACACAUAUCGACUGCUAGUGUAUAAAACAAAACAUGUAGUAAAAGUUUUUUUGUUC